UCAGAUUCUGUUAAAAGACAACAAAUUAGUAAUCAGAUGAAACAGUUAUUAGGAUUUAAAGAAUGUAUUAGAUUUUUAGAUAGAACUGAUAUUGUACUUGAAUAUAAACUAUUAGUAGAUA